AUGGCUUCGUCUCCGACGAUCCCGCCUGUCGCCCCGGACCCCUUCGAUCUAGGGGUCCACACUCCCGCUAAUCUGAACCGAAGAGCCCGUGCAGCCCUCUUGCAGAACAGCCCCGCGGUCGUGAACAGCCCCAUUGGUGUUUCACCCAGACCUGGGCGGACGGCCCAGACACCGUCCUCGCCACUCAACGCCGCCACCACUGCUGCAGCUACGGAAGGAGCUGAGCGUGCCAAUCCCGCAUCGACCCCUGAACAGCAACCAAUCUCUAUUAUCGAAUCGGCCAAUGAUCUCGCGCGUAAACACGCGGAAGAGUACGACGCCAAACUAAUGGUCUUCCAGGCCUUCUGCGCCAAGCUUGAAGAAGCCAACAAGCAAUUCACCUCCGGACCGCAGCGACGUUUCGCUCAGAAGUUUGUCGACAGCGUCCUUGACGCCUGGAAACGAGAGCUUUCUAGCGAUGUACCAGCUUCUAAACCUACCUACAGCAGUGUCGCCGCCGCCUCGCUCCCCGCUGACCGCGCCCGCACAGCCCACCAGCAUCAUCAUCAUCAACAACAACAACAGCACCGACAAUCGGGCCCACCUCAUCGCCAAGAGCAACAAGCCACCAUCGCCGCCCCACCCCGACAGGACCUCCGCGUCUUCGUCCGUCUAGAAGCCGGAGCUCCGGCUAGGGACCAUAGCGGCUAUGCCAUCCGGACCCUGAUCAGGGAAAAACUCGGCACCGUCUCGGACAAGGUCCGACAGGUAUUCCAGGUCAGGUCGGGAUGGGCAGUCCUGACUGCCGACCAUGAAACACGCGAUUUUCUCGUAGAGAAGCAGGCCGAGUGGGCGGCUGAGCUGGGAGCUACGGCGGUAGAAACAAACAAGGAAUGGCAUACUUACGUGGUCUCAGACUUUCCCAGAAGACUGACCGACUUUCGCGGCAACGAGGUGGAUAGUGACAGCGUUGUCAGUGAUGAGAUAGAAAUCCAGACAGGGCUCAAGCCCGUUGAUAUACGUCCUGGAAGACAAUUCUCGGAUAACCCUUUGACCAAGACUCUCCUUGUCUCCUUCCUGAAGCCCACCAAGAAGAGGUUCUGGUCCCUCUUCGGGAGCCGGGCGGCCAGACUCGUAGACAAAAGCGACGUACCCAAGCAGUGCGAAACGUGCUGGGGCUACCACUUUACCCGCAAGUGCCAUAGACAGCCAGUCUGCCAACGCUGUGGCAAGACUGGCCACUCUGGAGACGACUGCGCUGCAUGGGAGCAGUGCGUCAAUUGCUUAGGCCCUCACGAUGCCAGCCUUCGUACGUGUCCAGCCCGGCCGAAGAAAGUGCGUGGCGUCCUCCGCCGGCUCAGCAAAGAACAACGGGAACACAUAGAGGGCCUGAGACGUACCGACAACGUCACUUGGAUUCACAACCAGAAUCCCACAUAG